CUGAAAGUGACGGCUUGAACAGCCAGCUGAAAAAUAAAACUGGAGUAAUAACAAAAGCCCAUGUGUGGUGUCAGGUGAACCAGCAGAGCCUGCUACAGUCAAAUGUGUCUUCUCCUCCCACCGGGUGUCUGGGAAACUGAUCCAGACCGCUGCAGGAGACGAUGUUAGGUUUGCCCUCACAGAGGAGUGCAAGACGGGAAAAGGCACUCUGCAUCAUCAGCUGAUGGAUGGCACCGAUCAGCUGGUCGCCUCUCUUGACGGUGUCUGGAAGCCGGGACCGGGUUACAUUAACCGGGUGGCUCACAGCUCCGAUUCUCUGAUAUUAAAGAGAGCAGAUUUUAACGAUCACGGCUAUUACGCGUUUACCUGCAACUACAAACAGAGGGGGGAGCUGGACGAGUUGCACGUUUUUCUUCCCUAUAAAGUUGUCGCACCCCGGGAUGAAGGUGCCAUCCUGCCGUGUCGCUCCGUUACAUUCGGUCAGGCUGUGAAAUCGGUGCGCUGGAGGAGAGACGGAGAGCUGGUGCUGGAGCUGAAUCCUCCGUCUAAGCAAAUCACCUACGGAGACGGCUAUGAUGAAAGCCGAGUGUCCAUACCAUCAGACUGGAACCAGCGAGGAGACCUGUCCCUCACCGUGAAGCGAGCUCAGCUCCGAGACGACGGAGUGUAUUACUGUGACGUGGAGAAGACAGAGAAACACCGCUCUGCUGUCCACCUGCACGUCUCCACACCAUCACCACCACCACCGGGCAGCACCUCACAGCCUGCAACCACACCUACGCCAUCAGAGUGCUCUGACUGGUCGUGGAGAACAUUCUCCAUAACAGCAGCUGUAUUUGUGAUCGUUGACCUGCUUGUUUGGCUCUGCUGGUUUCUGAGGAACAGGAUAUUCAAUGUGUGCACUCGAGGUUUUGGUGGAAGAUCCUCAGAGCGGGAAGAAGAAAUAAACUUGAAAAGUGUUACCAUCAACAAAGGUGAUGCACAUCUCUGGAACGGCACAGAGGAGGGAGGAGGAGGGACUGAAGAGGGCAGGGAAUCAGGAAGUGACCAACACAGCAUGCUAAAGUCAAACGGAACCCUGACUUUACCCACAACUGAUGAGUGAAAAAACAACAGCUCAUCCCUUUAAGUAUCUGAACUCGCCCCCUUUAUGACGGUACCACUGUGCAACUCCACUUUCUCAGGUUUAGAAAUCCUCCGUUUUCCUUCUGCUGAAUCUGACUGCUGUUACAAUGUUUGAGAUUGUCUCUAUUAUUUUGUUUGUCUUCCAAUCAAUCAAGUAAUGCCUGUAAAUCAUCUGCUUACAUAAUCAGUGUAUAAUUUAGCUUCAAGAUGGAUAAAUGAGAUCUCUUCAGUAACAAAGUUUGUAUAUUGUCCUGCCUGUUUGUACAGAUUUACAGUCUUUACUGUGUUUACUUUGCUUUUUGUAAAACGCUCAGGGAAGCUGCUGUGUGCCAAUAAAGUUUUGAGUGGAUAAUAAAGUGACCUGAUGAUGAUUACAGUCAUUCAUGAUUUUAUUCAAUUUGCACAUUAAAUGACUUGAAAUGUUUGAUGGAAUAAACACUGAAAACCUUUUAACAAAGAACAUCAAGAUAUCCUGACAAAACUGUUUCCAGUCAGAAAGGCUGCAGGUAUUUGUGUGAAAUAAAGACAGAGAGGGAAAAAUUCAUUCUAAAAGAACAUUUGAAUAAAUAACAAGUGAGGAGAAAAUAAUGAAAAGAUACAAAACAUCAGCAAUAUACAGCUUGUAACAGAGCAAACGGGGAUGACAUGACAAGUGUGAGGAAGAGGAAAUGAGUUUAUCAGUGCGUGGUUGUAAAGGUGUUAGGUCACACAUGAAGCUGUCGGUGUCUCUGAGUCACCGUCCUCUCUUCUUUGCACUGGCAGCAUCACAUGAUGUUGUUCAUAUUCCAAUAAAAUGAUCAGAUUUGCACAACAAAUAAAUA